AUGGAGUUGCUGUACUUUUGCGAGUUUAUAUUCAGAGCACCAAUCAAACUGAGCAAACCUGGAGAGCUUCGUGAAGAAUAUGAAAGCCUGAGAAAGUUGAGAGAAGAAAAGUUGCAAGACGAGAAACCUCCUGCAGAUCCAAGCCUUAGGCUGUUACCAGAGGAUACAGAAACAGGGAAGAGAAAAAUGGACGAACAGAAAAAAAGAGAUGAGCCAUUAGCAUUGAAAUCAAAUUUGGAACAUUGUCCCGCACGUCUCUCAGAUUCAGAGAAUGAAGAGCCUUCUCAAGGCAAGAUGCUACAGACACAUCGCUCGGCAUUUGUCUCCAAGAACAACUCCUACUCCUUAGCUUUCCUAGCAGGAAAUUUAAUCUCCAAGGUGGAGAGGAGUCCCAUCUGCAGUGACACUGCCCAGGACAGAGCGAAGAGCAGACUCCGAGCAGCUCCAGCCAGCAAAGCCAAGGUCACAACUAUGACUCCAGCAUCUAACCCUAAAAUUGGUGUUCUCUUGUCUACUCAAAACAACCGCUGCCUCUCAGCCCCUGACUUGGCCGCCGAGAAGCGUCUGCCCUUCAGCUCCCUCUCAGCUCUGGCUUCCCUGCAGAAGCCAGAGCGCUCCAUCAGCCCCGAGAGCAACGACAGCAUCUCUGAAGAACUAAACCAUUUCAAGCCCAUCGUGUGCUCCCCAUGCACGCCUCCCAAAAGACUCCCUGACGGCCGAGUGCUGAGUCCCCUCAUCAUCAAAUCCACGCCCCGCAACCUCAACAGAAGCCUGCAGAAGCAGACUUCUUAUGAGGCCAGUCCAUGGAUCCUCAAAAAGUGGGAACAGAUCUUUCAGGAACGGCAGAGCAAAAAGACCCUUUCAAAAGCCACUCUCACGUCUCUGCCCCCGGAAACAGGGGAAGACUUGCUAGUGUCUGACGUUACCCAUUCAAGCAAGGAGAAGCCAGUUCUACCUUUAAAUACAAGACUGUCCAGUGGGCAGUUUCUCUCAGAGUACACCGGGCCCACGCCCGCUGACCUGGAUUUCUUCCCUUCCGUUAGCCAAGUGAAAGCCGGACAGGGCAGCGAUAGUAAAAGGAACACUGCACUUUCAUUGGAAGCCUGCUGUUCCCCAGAACUCAAGGGGGGAGCCAGUGGGACUCCUGUGGAGAGGGAGCCGAGUGAGAGGUCAGGCUCAACUCCAGAAGCCAAGCUAGACAGACCCUGUAUCAGUAUGGCCAUGAAAAGCCAAGCCAUCCAUUCAGCGCUACCCAAAAACAAUGUUGUGGUGGGGGGCCUCAAAACAAAGAAACAGCUGAAGGCUUUGAAUCAUUUGGACCUGCCGAAUGGUGUCCUGGUGGACACGCGAGGUGAGGAGCAGCUGCCAUGCCUGCGUCGGGGCCGGAAGAGACGCUGUAAGACCAAGCACCUGGAGCAGAAUGGCUCCCUUAAGAAACUGCGGCAGACAGGGGGUGAGGUGGGCCUGGCCCCAGCGGACCCAGCGCUGCGAGAGAUGGAGCAGAAGCUGCAGCAAGAGGAAGAGGAUCGACAGCUGGCUCUGCAGUUGCAGCGCCUGUUUGACAGCGAGCGGCGGACUGUGAGUCGGCGCAAAGGAAGCGUGGACCAGUAUCUUUUGCGGUCUAGCAACAUGGCUGGGGCUAAGUAGCUCUAACAUUGGACGGUGUUACUUACUUUCUCAAGGUCUUUGGACUUGGUCACUGAUCCUGAAGAGCUGAGUGUUCUCGCUGGGGGUUCUCUUGUGGCAAAGGGCUGUUUUAUAAGGUUCUGGGAGGCUCCAGGGUCGUUGUCAUCAAUAUCCAAGGGAACUGUGUCCCUGCCUCUGCAGCCCAGACCAGAAGCACUCUCCAUCCCCAGAGUGGCCCACCCUGAGGGCUCCUAGGCCAAUCUGACAGCACCCCAUGGACGGCCUCUUUCAGGAGAGCAGUGGCCAGUUAGCCAUGGUAGAGGAAAGUGGGGUGCCGUCUCAAAUGGAUAGCCCUCCCAGCUUCUCUCUCUCUCUGGCUUUGUUUUAAAUCAGCCUUGCAGAUAAAAACGCAGUCUGUCUCUAUGAAGGCAAUGGAUCAGUGUAGUUCUUGCUCAGAUCUGAAAUAAUCGAUGGUUAGGGUCCAUCCCGUCACCCCCACCCCCGCCUCCAACCCGACCAUGGCACAGAUAGCUAUAGCCUCCUCACUCAGUUGAGCUGACAUGUCAACAAACAUUAAGUUACAUUCCCUGCUUAAAAAUAACAUUUGAUCAAUGGUGUUGUCAUUGUUUAAUUGGUCUUUCCAAGAGACCUAACAUGUAAGUGCUAUUAGCCCUGUUUUUUAGACGAAGAAACUGCAGUGCGGGUAUCCCCGUUCUCGCAACUACUCAGUGGCAUAGCCCAGACUGACUGCUGGGUCUCCUGACAACAAAUCCCAUGGAUUUUCCACACUCAAAAGUUGCCCCUAAUGGACUGCUACCCAGGGUCAUGCUGGGAGGGCAGUGGUGGGGUGUCUAGGGAAAGCUGGCUGGGCAAUGACCAUCAUAGGCCAGAAUCCACAAGCAAAGCAUGGAGAUGGAUGGAAAGUAUAAAUCUCUCUGGUACAGUUAGUUAUCCCUACCCCCUGCAGUCAACAGCUUCCUGUUUUCCUGGGCGCACCAGCCUAUUAGUACUCUUCACGUGGCCAAGGCUUAUCUGCAGCAUUGCUUUAAAAUCCCCCAAAUUUGGCCAGAAGUCAGGCAAAGAGCUGACCUGUCCUGUGUAAACCAGGCAUCUAGCUGGCUGCAGCUGAUAAGUUCAGUCCCGUGGGCCUUUGGGCGUUAUUUUCCUGAGCAGCUGACACCAUGUGUCUUUUGCAUCCCUGGUGGUGCUUGGUGCUUCUGCCCGUCUGGGCUCAUUGAGAAUAAGGAUUAAGGUAUGAUUGUAUGGAAUCUCAGAGGGACUGGCAUUCCUGUGCAUGUGUGAACUGUGACUAGAAAGUCAUGUGACUGACAUUUUAACAAACUCACCAGAGCUUAUAUAUCUCCAUAUACAUUGUCUCCUUUGAGUAGUCCCAGCAGCGGACGACAUAGUUUCCCAAAUGAUGUUGCCCUUGCCAAAACGUUUCUGGAACUGUCCUCAAAGUCUAGAAGCAGACUCCUACAAUUUCAGGACUGGAAGGAACCUUCAUGGUCAUUUUCCCCGACCACCUCCUGUUUCUAACUUAGAAGCUAAGCUUCAGGGCAGUGCUUCACUGACCAAGGUUCCUAUAGCGCCUUCUCAUGGUUUUUCUCAGGAGAUUUGCCCAGGGCAAAUUGUCAGCCUUUUGUUGUUACAGGAGAGAGAACUUCUCGUUUGAAAUGGGUCAUUUAUGUGAAGCCUCUGGAAAAGAAGGUGGGUUAUAUGGAGGGUAGAGAUGGGUUGAAAUCACAAAUGAGGAGCAGCUGUAAUGAACCCCCAGUCAUUUUCUCGUUCAGCGACGUCCCAGAGAUGCCGUAAGCGUGGUGGUCAUCGCUGAGAUCCGUGGUGAAGACUCCUCGGUGACACUUUGUUAGGAACAUCACUCACCCGGAUGCAUGUGGUCUGCACUCUCGGUGUUGGUCUGUGGGCACACAAAUGUGCACUUUAAAAGCAUACAUCAUUCUCUUUGCUUUCUCUUCAUCCCACUUGGUUGUAGGUCCUGCCAGCAACACAUGCCUCCCAGGGGCUGCUGGAGGGCACCUUAGUAGAAGAGCUGGUCCUGGUUCACAGAGGACAAGGGGGUGACCUUAACAAAUAAUGCCUAAAAGGAACGCUCCGGUACUGCCAUCUCAUAGAAACAUCUCCCUUUUGAUCUCAGUAGAUACUAUUGAAAGGUUAGUCCUAUUGAUAGUAGCAAAGACACUCAUUUUUCCACUUACCACCUUUUCUAGAGAGCCAAUAAUUUGAAAAAUGCGUCUCAGUUGGAACUGAAGUUCUCAGAAAAGAAAAAGAUAUUUUUAAUAGACAAAGAUAUAUUUUAAAUAUUUUCCCAAAUUAACACUUUAAGAGAUUGCAUAGUAGUUAGCAACAAGUGUAGCUUCAGGUGCAGAUGGAAGAACCACUUCUUGUUGAGCAGAUAUUCCAAAUGCUAGGUCCAGCCUGCCUUUCUUCUGCACCGAAUGUGGUGCCCAACGAUAGCAGCAGCUGCUGUUUUCCAAGCUUCCGGUGCACAGUGGCCCGUCAGAUGUAGGCAGAGCAGUUUAGAUGAAGGCAGAAAGAGGCUCGGUCUUUAAUCUGCUUGGCUUUGGAGAAGAGAGAAACCACUAAGGUAGUAUUUGUAUUUUAAGAUGCUCCCCAUAUUUAAUAACCAAAAACCUAAACCCGUUUUUCUUUCUUAAAAAUGUCUGUCUGGUUGCUGGAUUGUGAAGUUGGUCAUAAAUGGAAUUAUUGGCAUGAGUUUUGGGGGGAGAGUGAGAACGAGAAAACAUCCAUGCGGGGAGCUUGUGAGCUAGAUAGGGACUCUCACACAACACAUAGGAUUACUCCCAAGUCACUGAAGUCCAGCUCAGCAUCCACACCGCCCACAUCCUGCUCACUCUGUUCCUUGUGUGUAUGCAUUCUGUGAUAUAUUUUUGUCUUAUUAAAAGGGAGCUUUUGAGACGUGGGAGGGUGGAGGUCUUGCUGAUGGAAAGACCAAGAAACGAGGUACCCUGGUGGUGGAGAUCCUCGGGAACAUGCUCAGGACGCAUUGAUGACAUCCACCACAAGAACUCCUUUGGGCCUGUUGGACUGGUGCCAAAGCAGGAUUAUGCCUCCAUUCCAUGGUCCCUUUCAUAUCAUUGCCUCCUUUUCAAAAGAGUUUCAUAUUCGGCUUAGGCUUGCUGGGAAAACCUUUCAUAAAUGACUUCAUUUAUUUUCUUAAAAUUUAAUUUUUGAUUUUUCCUGAAGGAAGCAGUAGUGAUGAACGUUUUCUAUGUUUGUUGUACUUCACUCUCUGUAAAGGAACAGCGUCGUUAAAGAGAGUAAAACUGCUUAGUUAGUUGCUGUCUGGUUGCAAACUGAUGACGAGAACGGGCCUGCCACUGUGCUGGACGAUGGAGUUGGUGACCACCUGUGCUGUGCAUGCUUUUGUUCCUGCGGUAGACAGUUCCCAGCUUCACACGCUUGUGACAACCUGUGUUGGGCUGUGGAGAUGUAAGACGCAAAAAACAGCCCUGUUCUUGAGAAUGUAUUUCUAGAUAUGGCUGGAGACUUUGUUAUUGCUCUUAAAAAUAGGUCAGUCCUUUCAGUGGUGAUAUCGCUCAGUCCCAUUGCAAAUACUGCCCAGCACUCAGCACACACACUUUAGAGACCACGUCAGUAUUCGUGAACUGGGCUGCAGCAGUGUUUUCCCAGCUCCUACGGGAUCUCACCAAAGGAAAAUGGAUUUUCUCCUCCAGUGCUUACAGGGCAAUAACAUUUCUUCAGGAGCUGUUCUUAGCCCACACCCAACUAAAUGAGGCAGGCUGACAUGACUGCUGAUGUGGUCAGAGGAGGCCCAUACCUCGACUUAGCAACUCCGUGCCCUUCUCAGCCAGAUGGCUCAUCAGAGCCGGCGGCAACUUGACGUUUCUCUUCUUGUCCUUGCCUGGCUCUUCAUUGAGAUGGAGGCCCCUUCAUCACUGUAGAGUGUUACAGCCAAUGCUCAUAGGAUUCAUCCAAGUGAGCUCUCCCCUCUUCUAACCAACGAGGAACAUCACCUUUGCUAAUGAGAAUACCUGAGUUAGAAUUAAGAUGUACCCCUAGCUCCUACACACAUACCCAGGUAGUUUGAAUGAUAGGGAUCUGAAACUUUGGAAAGUAAUAGAUUUUGGGAUCAUUAACUACCACGGGUUACAACCCACACCUUCAUUGAAAAUGAAGAACUGCUCAGCCUUGACCUCAUCGGUUCGCAGAAUGACUUCUUGAGGCAAGCACAGCGAGGUCUGACUGCUGAGGACUCAAGGAGAACGCGUUUCGUACGCUCUUGGAGGAGGGUGGCCAGAGCAGGAGCUGUCAGCGCCGGGCAGUGGUCUUGAGGAUGGUGGGAGCAGGGCAGGGGCUGAAGGGAAAAUGCCAAGACUGACUGUGCUCCUUGUCCCAUGGACUUGCAGUAUUUUUUUUCUUCUUCUGAAGAAGAAAGAUCGACUCAUGCUGUUUUGUGAAUAAAGGCUUUCUUAAAUGUCUUUUAAGCAAGGGGCCAAAUUUUCCAAACCUUCCUCUUGUGGGAGGCCGCCCCAAACCUGGCAGGCUCCCUCCCUACUUUUUCUGGUGUCUUAAAUCAAGAUAUAGCAAAGCCUAGGUAACGUCUUCCUGUCCUCUCCUUUUGAAAACAGGCAGUGCACCCCUCAAACAUCCAGCUCUUAAGAGUUCAAGAGUAGUGGACCCUCUUUGUGGAUUAAUAUAGCAGCAGUCAGAUGCUCCCCUUGUUGGCGCCACCCACUCCCCAAGCUGUGCCACCAGUGGGAGCAGACACUCACUAGGUUCCAGUUUAUAUUAAACGUGUCACCACCAACCCUUAGCCUCCAGGAGCACUUAAAUGUUCUAUUAAGAAUAACUAUGCAAGAGAAAGACGGGAAAACUAUACUGCCAACUAAUGGACCUCCACCCCUUGAUUUGCUCUUUACUCACAAUUCUUUGUAUACAUGCUGUUGCCCUUAGGACCUUUUCUCCUCCUGCCUAGAAAUAGGAAAUGGAUUAUGUAUUGAUUUGCUUCAUCCUGCUCUCUGCAUCCGAAUCUGAGAAGGGGCCUGGAUCCUGGUGGACUGCCACUGCUGUCUGCCUCAUCGCCAACUCAUGGAGCGCACUGGACAGAGACAGGGGCCUCGGGACAGGGCCUGCCCCGUCAAGGGACGUCUGCCAACAAACUGCCAUGGAGCCACGCGGGGUGACAUGUUACUGAAACUACCAAAGUGCAUUCUUCAGUGUAUGUCUGCCUGCUUGAGGAGAGGCCUAAAUUGAGAAUACAGUAAAAGUAAACUUGAAAAAAAAAUAAAUGUUCUGUUUUCA